ACACAGCCUUUCUUACGUGUCACUUUUGCACCACCAACCCUGACUUGGAGAAAUAAAUCUAGUUUCGGCAUCGAUAAGAACAAUUCGUCGGCUUAUCUUUCUCCUCGUUUUCUCUCUUGUGCAAUAUUGUGACGCCGAAAGGAAGCAAGCAGAACGGAAAAGAAACGUUUAAUGUUUUAAGCGUUUCUUUAUUUUGCUACUAUUAUAUUUCAUGCUUGACGGUUGUUUAUAAAAAUUCGGUAUUUGUUUUGUACUGGGUUUAAUUAUAGUUUAACAUCUUUAGUGGUUUAUAAAUUAUUUCUCGGUCGUAGAUAUUAGAAAGGUUUCAAAAUGGUGUUACUUGCAGCUGCAAUUCUACUGAAAAGUGGAAAAACUCUGCUUUCACGUCAGUUUGUUGAAAUGACCAAGUCUCGAAUUGAAGGACUGUUGGCAGCAUUUCCCAAACUGAUUCCAGCUGGAAAGCAGCAUACUUUUGUGGAAACUGAUUCCGUGCGUUAUGUUUAUCAACCGCUGGAAAAGUUAUACAUUGUACUUAUCACUACCAAAGCAUCCAAUAUUCUGGAGGAUUUAGAAACACUUAGAUUAUUUGCCAAAGUGAUUCCUGAAUACUGCAGAAAUUUGGAAGAGUCAGAUGUGAUGGACAAUGCAUUCAACCUUAUUUUCGCUUUCGAUGAAAUUGUUGCGCUUGGAUAUCGCGAAAAUGUCAAUUUGGCACAAAUACGGACAUUUGUCGAAAUGGACUCUCACGAAGAAAAAGUUUAUCAAGCUGUUAGAAAAAGCCAAGAAAAAGAAGCGAUGCAGAAAAUGCGAGAAAAGGCAAAGGAGCUUCAACGCCAGCGUUUGGAGAAUCAAAAACGUGGAAUUAAGCCAACUUCUGGAUCAGGCUCGUAUACUUCAAUGUCGUCGUCAGGAAGCAGUAUGAGCGGUGGUCCGAGUGUGAUUUCGUCGGAUACUAGCAUCCAGCCUCCCUCUGAGCCUACUCGUUCAUCCUUCAUGAAACCUUCCGGCACAGGGAAAGCAUUGAAAUUGGGCAGCAAAUCCCGAGAUGUGGAAAGUUUUGUGGACCAAUUGAAAUCUGAGGGCGAACGAGUAGCACCGGUAAACACGUCAAAUAAUGUGAAUAACAAAACGAUUUCUGGAGGAGGAGGUGGCAAUCAACCUUCGUCGAAUGCUGAAGAUGUCCAUCUUAAAAUUGACGAGACUAUUGCUCUUACUGCUGGCAGAGAUGGAGGGUUGCAAAAUAUGGAAGUACACGGAACUAGCAUUCUUCGAGUGCAAGAAGAGUCUUCCUGUAUGAUUCGCAUUCAGUUUGAUAAUGCGGACACUCGUGGAAUUCAGUUCCAGACGCAUCCAAAUGUUGACAAGGACUUGUUCAGGAACAAAUACCAGAUUGGAUUGAAAAAUGCACAAAAACCGUUCCCAGUCAACACUGACGUUCCAAUCUUAAAAUGGCGAUAUCAAACUACUGACGAAACUCAAAUUCCACUCUCAAUUAAUUGCUGGCCUUCAGAAAAUGGAUCUGGUGGGUGCGAUGUCAAUAUUGAAUACGAACUCCAAAAUGAAGAUUUAGAACUUAAUGACGUUACUAUUAUCAUUCCAGUUCCGUCUGGUGGUAGUGGUCCAGUUGUUAGUGAAUGUGAAGGAGAUUAUGUUUACGAAGCAAGAAAAAAUCAUCUUCUCUGGCAAUUGCCCGUCAUUGACUCCUCCAACAAGACAGGGUCAAUGGAGUUUUCUGUUCCCAAUGGCCAUGCCUCUCAAUUCUUUCCGGUGCAAGUGUCCUUUCAUAGUAGCCAGGCUUUUGCAAGGCUUUCCGUAAUUAAUGUGAAAUCAGUCGAAGAUGGUUCCGUAGUAAAACAUUCUGUUGAUACCGUGUUUUCAACAAAGACGUAUGAAAUAGUAUAAUCAACACAAUAAUUAAGUCUAAUAAUGUAACUGUAUUUUAUAAUCAUCAUCAUAAUAUUAUGCUUGGUACUACAGACAAUUUUUAUGCAACAAAGUUAUUAAAAUUUGUCAUCUUCGCAAGGGCGAAAGGAAGAAAAUAAAUUUGCUACACUGCAAUUUGUUAAUCUAAA